CACGGUUUGGCUCACAACAGACAAGGGUGGAAAAUCCAAGAUUUCCACCUGUGAAUUUAAACUCCCCAACUAAAUGCUCAACCACAAAACAAGACACUGAGAGAACCUCUCUGCGUCCCCUCCUUUACCGCAUGUCCGUUCCCCCAACCUGUGUGGUGCUCAUUUUUGCAUGGUUAGGGUUUCGCCCAUUUCCAUAAUCCAAAUGAACCAACAACUCCAGUGCUCAAUCCUCCAUGGCCAUGGCGAAAAUGAUCAGCGUCGGAGGCUCCCAGACGGCAGACCAAGCGCUGUACGUAUGUCGACAUUCCCACGGCACUCAUCCCCGCGGCAUCUUCUACAGCGAAAACCCUUUGGAUUUCUCCUUCCCUCUUUUAUUACUAGAUGCCAUCUUAGUCAUCUUCUUCAUCCGUUCCAUCCAUUUCCUCCUCAAACCCCUCAAACAACCCCACAUCGUCUCCAAAAUCCUCGGAGGCAUAAUAAUUGGACCCUCUGUGCUCGGCCGCAACAGGGCAUUUGCUAAGAAUGUGUUUCCAGACAACACUUCGUAUGUUUUCAAGAACAUAGGGUUGAUCGGAUUCGUCUACUUCCUCUUCCUAUCCGGCGUGAAGAUGGACAUCACGGCAAUCGCGAAAACCGGAAAGAAACAACUGUCCAUAGGCCUAAUCGGCGUGCUGGUUCCCUUCCUAACCGUCCUAUCUAUCAUGAUCGCGACUCGAAAGACACUCGACAAGGAACUCAAUAGGGUUCCUGUCAUGGAAGGAAUCGCCUCUGCUUUUGCCGUAACCACGUUCCCCGUUCUGUACCAGGUAAUCAAAGAGCUCAAUCUCCUAAGCUCCGAGGUCGGAAAACUGGCAAUGUCAUCGGUAAUGGUGAGCGACUGCAUCGGAGUCGUUUGCAUGGUCAUAUUCGAGGCGGCGAGGUUGGAAACGAUCGACGCCUUGUGGGUUCUCAUUUCAUUCAUCGGAAUAGCGGCAGUUAUCGGCGGCUUUUGGAAAGCGAUGGUAUGGAUCGUGAAAUCGACACCGGAGAGGAAACCAGUGGACCCAGGUUAUGUGGUGUGGAUUUUUCUAGCGGUGAUGGUGAUGGCAUUCUUGAGCGAUGUGAGCGGACUUGCGGUGGCGAACGCGCCAUUGUGGCUGGGCCUGGCGGUGCCGGCUGGGCCGCCGCUGGGGGCGGCCCUUGUGGAAGGGGCGGAUACGCUGGUGACGGAUGUCUUCAUGCCGUUCUCGUACGCGUUCGUGGGGAUGUACACGGACGUGUCGUCGAUGGUCGGGCAGUGGUCGAGUGUGGUGCCGCUGUUUCUUAUGAUCUUGGCAGCUUAUUUCACGAAAGUUGUUACGGUCCUGGUGGUGGCUUUGUUUUUCGAAAUGACGGUUCGAGAUGGUUUGGCCCUGAGCCUUGUGAUGAGCUUGAGAGGGCAGGUCGAGAUUUUGAUAUUCAUGCACUGGAUGGAUCUACAGAUUAUACAGGUCCCAUCUUUCACAAUGCUGAUAAUUUCGACAACAGUCUUGACAGCCAUAGCCACACCUUUGAUCAGCAUACUGUACGAUCCGACAAGGCCGUACAAGGUUAACAAGAGGAGGGCCAUUCAGUACACCCCUCCAAACACAGAACUCCACAUAGUUGCCUGCAUCCACGACCAAGAAAGUGUGACCGGAUUCCUCAACCUUCUCCAGGUCUCCAACCCGUCGGCGAGCAGCCCGUUCGCGGUGUAUGCCCUCCGCCUCAUCGAGCUCGUCGGCAGGGCCGCCCCGGUCUUCGUCGACCACGAGCAGCAGGCCCAGGGGUUCGAGCAGUACUCCGGCUUCAACUCGAUCCACAAUGCUCUCAAGCUCUUUCAGGAAUCACAAGGGGACUACGUUAAGUUCAACAUGUUCACGACCGUGUCCCCCACGAGGACCAUGUACCAGGACAUAUGCGACCUGGCUGUGACGAAGAAAGCCGCUCUUAUUAUCUUGCCUUACAAUAAAGAGUACCCAGAGACGAGAACAGAGGCGGCGAGCCCGCAAAUACUGCUCAGAUCCGUAAAUUGCUGUGUCCUGGCGCACGCGCCGUGCUCUGUUGGAGUUUUGGUAGACAAUGGUCCUUUUAGGGACAACAAAAUCGUCAACUCCGCCAUGAGACGGAUAACGCACCGUUUCGCCGUGCUUUUCUUGGGCGGGGCCGACGCCAGGGAGGCCAUUGCCUUUGCGGACCGGAUGGCAGGGAACGUGGACGUGUCCCUCACUGCCAUCCGGUUCCUUUCUCACAACAACGAAGGGGACGACGAGAUGGAGAAGAAACUCGAUGACGGUCUGGUGACUUGGUUCUGGGUGAAGAACGAGGGAAACAAGCGGGUGGUUUACAGGGAGGUGGUGGUGCAAAACGGCGAGGAGACUGUCGCUGCGAUCCGGGCGAUGGGUAAGGAUUAUUAUGACCUCUGGAUUGUUGGGAGGAAAAAUGGGAUUAAUCCAGUUUUGUUACAAGGGUUAUCGAAUUGGAGCCAGAACAAUGAACUUGGAGUCAUUGGAGAUUUUAUUGCGUCUACAGAUGUAGGGAGUAGAGCUUCUGUAUUAGUGGUGCAACAGCAGGUUUUGAGAGGGCAAGAGCCUGCCUCACGAGGUUUACUACGAUGGUUUUCAAGCUGUUCGUAUUAGGAGAGAUGUACGUAUUAUACCUACUAACAAAAGGGUAGAUAGCGGAUGUAGAGGCACAGCUUCGUUGAGCUCGCUCUCCUUGGAGCUCCUCCAUCCACUAGGUCGAUCCGGGAGUUCCAAUCUCACCAACCCCUCCCGUCUCUCCCUCAAUAGAAUAGAGGUAGAAUUUGCUUAGUCAAAAAACGGUAGAUAGCAAAGUCGUUUUGUUGCUGAUCAUGAGAGUAGCAUUUUAGUUGAGAAAUUUAGCAAUGAAACCGGUGUUCAAGUGAACAAGGAAUGCUUGAACCGAGUUACAUGUACGAUGUUGUUAAAAAAUACUAGGUAGUACAUUUUUUUGGUAUGCUCUGUUACUUGAAUUUUUAAAGUUUUGUUAAG